AAAAGCGCCAAGGAAAGCAAGACAUGAACAACCACACUCUUCUUCUUCCUCCUCUGGAAGUGAUCAGAGAAAUUCUUCUGAGAUUGCCCGUUAAAUCCCUUUUGCGAUUCAAGUGUGUUUCCAAGUCAUGGCUUUCUCUCAUUUCCGAUCCCCAAUUUGCCAUUUCCCAUUACGACCUAGCUGCCACACCCACUCAUCGAAUCCUUAUGAGAUCAAACGAUUUUUAUGCUCAAUCCAUUGACACAAACGCACCGUUUAUAGAUCGCGGAAAGGGUACACUGUGUUUGCUUCGUGCUGUGCAUCUCCUUCUUCCCCCUCCUUUUCCCCCACGCAUUCCCGAUUUUUUUCACUUCGAUGAUUUUCGCAAUCAGCCCCACAUUUUGGGCUCAUGCAGAGGGUUUAUUCUCUUGUACUACGAGAGGGGCGAUGAUCUCAUUCUGUGGAAUCCCUCAAUCGGUGUUCAUAAACAAUUACCACACUUUCAAUAUGAUAACAUAACCCGUGAGUUCCUCUAUGGUUUUGGGUAUGACCCAUCUAAAGAUGACUAUUUGAUUACCAUUAUUCCAUUCUCGUCUUCGUUUUCUGCUGAAAAUGAAACCCACGUUUUCUCCUUCAAAACUGCUUCUUGGAACAGUGUCCUUGUCAAUGUUCCAUACUCAAAUCCUGGCAAUUACCUUACAUUCAGAGCUGGGUCACUGUUCAAUGAGACCCUUCAUUGGUUGGUUCUGUCCAAGGAGAAAAAGGUUCUUGUCAUUCUCGCCUUUGAUCUGGUACAAAAGAGUUUUUCAGAGAUUUCUCUGUUGGAUCAUUUAAAUACGAAAAAAUGUCAAGUAUGUGGUUUGAGGGUAAUAGGAGGGUGUCUCGGUGUGUGUUACUCUGACGAAGGCAGUGCAAGUACUGAAAUAUGGGUGAUGAAAGAAUACAAAGUGCAGUCUUCUUGGACUAAGUCCAUUGUUGUACCUACCUGUGACUUUUCCCCCAUAUGCAUCACCAAAGAUGGUGGAAUUUUUGGAUCGGAUAUGAGAAGUUUAGAGAAGUAUAACGAUAAAGGAGAGCUGCUACAGCAUCGUGCAUAUGGUGUACAAGAAGAGUUAUUCUACUGUCUCAAUCUACAGUGUGCUUGGUAUAGAGAGAGUUUACUGUCACUUCCCACUGUCAUUCGGAAUACAAGUGAAGAUGACCAUCAACAACUGAUAAGAAAAAUCAGGGCCGCAAAUUUGACAAGAAUAUAUAGUUAGCUCGAUUUCACUUCCUUCAAUUGGUGACACUACCAGCAGAAAGCAUAGCUCUUGGAAGAGAAUGGCAUGCGCAUCUAUGAUAUUAAAUAAUCUUAUCUUAGUGCAGAACUAGCUUCCAUUUUAGUGGCGAUUUCAGUAGAGUUGCAAUAUGAACAGACUUUAACUAUGUCUCAAUGGUGGAGUUAGCAAAAUUUUUAUGGUAUUAUUGCUUGCAGUUUGUUCCUCCAAGGCUCGUUUACAUAGAUCUUAUAUCCAAACCCUACUGUUUUUUAUUAUUUA